UAUAUUUCAUCAAUAAAGUAAAUAACUUUGUUUUCGCACGUCUUAAAAAUCCUGAGAAAAAUGGAACACGGCGCCGCCCCACAGCUUGCGUCCCAGCAGGAUACUCAGCGGAACUUUAUUUGCGGCGUGAUUGAAGGUUUCUACGGGCGCCCCUGGACAACGGAGCAGCGCAAAGGUUUAUUUCGCAAACUCAAAAAGAUGGGAAUGGACUCGUACAUGUACGCACCCAAGGACGACUACAAACACCGAGCUUUUUGGCGAGAGCUAUACACUGUCGAAGAAGCGGAUCAUCUAUCCAGUCUGAUUGCGGCCGCAAAGGAAGCCGGCAUUGCCUUCUACUACGCUCUAUCGCCCGGCCUGGACAUGACCUAUAGCAGCCCGAAGGAGAUAGCAACGCUAAAACGCAAGUUGGAUCAGGUCUCGCAGUUCGGAUGCGAUGCUUAUGCAUUGCUCUUCGAUGACAUUGAGUCGGAACUGUCCAAGGUCGAUAAGGAGGUGUUCCAGACAUUCGCCAAUGCCCAUGUCUCGGUGACCAAUGAGAUUUUUACCCAUUUGGGCGGCCCCAAGUUUCUGUUCUGCCCAACGCAGUACUGUGGCACCCGUGCAGUGCCUACGGUACAGGAAUCGGAGUAUCUAAAUACCUUGGGGUCAAAGCUCAACAUUGAUAUCGACAUACUCUGGACGGGGGACAAAGUCAUCUCAAAGACGAUAUCCAUUGCAUCCAUACAGGAGAUAACGGAGGUCCUGCGACGUCCUCCAUGCAUUUGGGACAAUUUGCAUGCCAACGACUACGACCAGAAGCGUGUCUUUCUCGGUCCGUACACUGGUCGAUCGCCCGAGCUUAUCCCCCAUCUGCGCGGCGUAAUGACCAAUCCCAACUGUGAGUUCUACGCCAACUUUAUUGCUAUCCACUCGCUGGCCUCGUGGUCGCGUUGCAGCAUGGAUUCCAAGAUGAACAGCUCGCUGAGCUCCGAUAUCAAACUGGAGACUGAAAAUGAGGAUGAAAUGCCCACGGAGUUCCUCUCAAAAAACGUUUAUCAUCCACGAGUGGCUCUCAAAAAUGCCAUUUCGGACUGGCUGCCAGAGUUCUUUGUGGAGAAGGAGGCCUGGGGACCCAUAACCAAGCCACAGCCGCAAGUUCAAAUGGUCAUGCCCAUUAUACCGAUCAUACCAUCGAUUAAUACUUGCAUGAGUCUGACAACCACCACAACCACAUCGACGAACUCCCGGACUGUGCCCGAAGUGAAUACCACCCAGCUGCAGGCAUUGGCCGAUGUUUGCAGCACUGUCAGCUCCUCGAUGACCCCGAUAUCCAAUCCGGUGAUGAACUCCCUGGUAUCGCCCACUAAAGUGGUCACCAACGAUGACAUUAUUAAUCCCAUACCAACCACAGCUGCUUGCAACAUUGAGUUGCCCAAAAAGAUACCAAUCUCCAUUGUUCCAGUGCCCAUUAUGGAGGCCAAGAGCGCUGAGGCUGAGUCUGUGGGAUUGAAUUUGGGCAAUCAAAUCUUCGAGUCAAUCGCAUCCAGGGGAAAUCCGGCAGUGGAACUGGAAAUCGAAUCAAAGGAUCAAGAACUAGACGCAUCUCUGGAGGAGGAGGAGAAGCAGGAGCUGGAGCAGGAGCCAGUGGCCAGCCUCAGCGUUUACACAAUGCUGGAUGAUACAAGUCUGAGUCCGCUUAGCGGCGGCGGCAACGAGCCCAUGGAAUGCAGCAGCAGCAUAGCCUCCCAGGUCUCACCAAAAGAGGAGGAGAUCACCAAGCUGGGCACCGAUGAUGUCCUCAUGGAGUCUGUGAACGAUGUGCACAGCAUGCACGUGGAAAGUUCAACCUCAUCACCGCUAUCGAACACAGAAAUGUGUGAACAUGAUCUUGAAACGACUAUGGAGGCAUCGAAGAUAACUACGGAAGAUCUGGGAUUGCUCUGUGAUCUAUUCUAUUUACCCUUUGAGCAUGGCAGCCGUGCGCUCAAGCUGCUGGAAGAGUUCCACUGGCUAAAGACCAAUGCUAAUGUCAUACUGAAAGAGCGCUCCGCCGGCAGCAAGAGCAACAAGCACGAGGUAAGCGAGUGGAUGCAACGGUGCGAGAACUUUGACGUGCUAUGUGGCAGCGUCGGGGAGCUGCUGAUCAAAAUUGCCAACUGCCAGAACAAGGAAAUCUGCCACGAGCUGUACUCGUAUGUGUGGGACAUUUCUGGUGCUCUCUCGCUGCUGAACUGCUACAUUAAAUGGCUGGCCUUGGGGCAGUUCCCGCCGAACAUAUCCUCCUAUACGGAGGGCAGCUAUACGUGGUUCAGCAAGGGGUGGAAAGAGGCUUUCAUGUCGGGCGACCAAGAACCGUGGGUCUUUCGCGGAGGACUGAUUGCCGACUUGCAGCGUCUGAUGCCUGUGGAUUCUGGCAAUGAUCUGUUCGUCUACAAGCUGCCGGAGCAGCCGACGGCCAACUAUUAUCUCCUGAGACCUUACCGCAAUACCGAUGAGCUGGACGUGAUUAACGUUUGCACGCGCACCUAUCUGCAGUGGCACAGCGGUCUGGAUGGCGCCGAGCACAUCCACAUCAACUUUCCACUGCCCUCGAGCGUGGCCAAUAUUGUGGCAGACGCUAUUGUUGGCCCAUACAUAACGCUCAAUCCCCAGCUCUGUAUAGUGGCGUACGACGAAAACGGUGCUCUUGUGGGCUAUGCUUGCGCAGCCCUGGAUGUCGCCGUAUUUCGGCGUAACAUGCAAAUGUGCUGGAUGGCGGAGCUGCGUGAAAAGUAUCCCAAAAAUAUUCCCACGCUGGACGCGGACGUGAAUGAGUCAAGCGUUCAGCUGAAUAAGCUAAUCGCUCAUUUUUUGGAUCAGUUUCACAACAGCUACGAUGAGGUGCAGGAGUGUCCCGCCGAAGUGAGCGGCUCCUUUCCGGCCCUUUUGACUGUGGCCACCCUAAAAGAGGCCGAGGAUCGGGAUAGCGGCAUCACCAAACGCAUUCUGACCGUCCUGCUGGCUGCACUGCGUGCAAACGGAUGCUUUGGUGUGCAUGUCUGUGUGCCCGAUCAGGAUCCCGGACAGUUGAACUUCUAUACAAAGAUCGGGUUCGUCGAGGUCUAUCGCGAGGAGAGAAGCAAAUGCAUUUACUUGGGACGCCGCUUCUAGCCUCAACAGUUUCGCGGUUUUCGCCGCUUUUCUCUGUGGUAAACGUGUCAAUUUUCCUCGCCCAUUGUUCCUUAAUAUUCUGUAUUCCCGCUGGCCACGCCACAGCUCGUCCCCCAUCCUUGGUCUCUUUUUGUAUUUUCGUACAAUUUUGUAUUACUGGCCAACUAAAGUGGUUCGUUCAGUGGAAUACGCUGCUACCGUGCGUAGCCCUCGGAGGGCCCUUUCCUCUCUCUCUCUCAAGCAUUUAUCUUAAGCAUAGUUUUUCUUAGCAUGGAGAACAAUAAAACUACACUAUUUAAUAAUAAACUCGGGUUUAU